AUGGCCCCUCACGAUUCCACAACUAGUAGCCGAGCUCGAAGCUCGACCCCUAAGUCGCCCAACCCCUCCCCAGCAUCUCCUCUACCUUGCUCUCAGGAACUUGUCACCAAGGCCGUCGGGAAGGCUGCCGUCACAUUGAGCGUUCUACAAGAACAACUUGGGCGCCUCCAGGCUGAUGUAACGGAGUUGAUCUCUCCCACGACUUGGUCGCAUGCUUCUUCACCCUCCUCUUCCGAUUCAGCUCUAGACGAAGAUGAAAGUAUGAGCCCGGAAGACAUCAACCUCGCAGUCGCCAAUAUGCGCUCCAAGAACCCUGCACCAGCUCCAAAGGAGGAUGAGAGCGCGCAGGACAUCACGCCUCUCUACUCCAUCCAAGCCCCCUCAAACACAUACCACGUCCACAUCUGCACGCACUGCACCGAAGACCAGAUCAUCGUCCCCGAACGACUGCUCGUCGAAAUGCAGACCAAAAUUGCCGACCUGGCUUCGCGAGGUCUGCGGUUGGUGACAGAAAAAGCGGCAGCCGUUCAAGAUGUCAGGGUGGCGAAGAAGGAAGUGAGGGUGCAGGGGCGAAAGAUGAAGCAGAUGGUGAACGAGAAAGAUCUGGAAAAUCAGGUGAUUGAAGAUUUGCAAGGUCAUUUGAGGGCGAGUUGGUGGGAGGUUGCGGCGUUGAAACUGCAAGUCAGUGCGGCGGAAGGACGGGUGCAGUGUCUGGAAGACAGAGUGCGGACAUCGGAACGUCAAGUUGCAGAUGUUCAGAAGGCGGCUGAUGAGAGAGCUGAGGGCGUCGUGACUUCACCGCACACGACUGCAAAGGAAAUAGAUGCGCUGAAACAGGGAUUGGAAAAGUCUGAGAGCGAUAAGCGGAACUUGGAAAAUACAGUCAGGGAUCUGUCAGCAGAAAAUGCACGUCUGGCCAAUGUAGAAGCAGACUGCCAAGCCCUCGUGGAGAUGCGGGAGGUUCAGGAGCAGGAUCUGGAGCAGGAAAGAAAAGCUUGGAGGCCUUCGGGCCAGGAGGCAGUGGCCAGACAGAUGCAAGAGCUCGAGAGGCGAAACGAAUACCUCGAGGAGCGGCUUAUGCUGUACGACAGAGAAUGGGCAAGCGCGUAUCUGCGCAGUUCAGUGACGAUAGAACACUUGCUGACCACCUCCACGGGUCGUAAUAGAAGCCGAUGGAACACGAGUAAUUUGAGUUUACGAGGGCCUAGGAGACGGGGUAAUGAGGAGACAGGGUCACCGGAGUGA